CAGGGAAACUGCUCUGACAAGACACAGAGAAGAGGGAUUCCAUUCAGUGCCGUGAGCCCCUGCAGAGAAAGACAAGAGACCUGUGGAGGAAGAAAAACUAAAGGAGAAAGUGAUACAAGGCUGAAGAUGAUUGUGUCCUGGCUGUUAGUGGUGGUUCUGAUGUGUGUGUUCAGCACCGGGGUUGGGGGGCAGUGCUGUGAGAUGUCCCAGUGUAAAGACUUCAACACAGAGAACAGGUUACUGGAUUGCAUCCACCUUUGCAAGUGUGGGUUCCAGGUUAAAUCCUCAGAGCCCAGAUCAGCAGUCCAGCAACCGGCAGAGAAGAAUCCCACCUUCGGAAUCCUGUUGACAGCCCUGACCUCAGGAGAGAAAGCCCUGGAGCCCACAGGGGUUAUUGCUGACCCUGAUCCCCAGAGUGACGAGAGACACUCCUACUCAAUGGAGCACUUCCGCUGGGGUAAACCCAUGGGGCGUAAACGCCGUCCCAUCAAAGUCUACAUCUCUAGUGUGGAAGGGGGAAAUUCCUCUAAAGGCAAAUCCAACCUGAAGGCACGCAGACAGCUGGGAAGCUUGAAGGGUAAUAUGGAGAACAAAGGUGCCCAUACUCAGGCUGUCCUCAGCGGGGCUGGGCUGCAAGACAAGAAAAAGAAUAUCACCUAUGUGAUAGAUCACUUCCGCUGGGGCUUCCCAUAUACAGCCAAGCAAAGGAGGGGAGGGAAAAUAGUGGAUUAGUGUAGGAAAGAAG